AUGCCGAUAAUUCGAUUAAAACCACAUUCCAUCGCCACCCUACCUCAUCACCCCAAUAUCCCAGAGGUACCCACAGGUUCAAACAUCCAAGGCUUUGUCCGCGCCACACUAGAAGAAGCUCGGCCUCUACUAGACCAGCUCCCAGCGACACUAGAAGCGGACAGCAAGCUCCGUCCUUCGCCACCUUCAAAGGCACAAGUAAAGCUCUCACAGGGAUGGCGAACCCUCCCAUCCCGAGAAGGUCACUUCCCCAGCAAGGAAUUCUGGGUAUGUCGCGAAAGCGACCAUGAAGAUUCCAAUGCUCUAGAUGGCACAGCCUCGUGGUCCGAAUUCAACGACGGCUUACGAACUAAUCAUGCUGAACACGAAAUGGAGUACACGCCCAGCGUGACGAGCGUCCACCAACUACUAAACUGGACCGAUUCUGAGCUAUGGAACCCCAAUACCUCGAUGCUGGUCUCCGGCACAACGUACAAGCAAUUCAAUAUCGAACUCAACCUCAUAGUCCACACCUUCCACCCAACGGUCCUAAUCCGGCCGCGCGCCUUCAUAUCCUGGAGUAUGUCAGCAGCCUACAAUAACGGGCCCUACCCAGCAACAAGAUCAGACGCAGACUGCGAAGAAGCCCAACCAAACGGCUUCAUCACGGUCCAGGUGCCCUUCAAGUUCUACCUUGCCAAGCCCGACGCUGCGGACUCCCAGUUCAAGGAUCUGUACGCGCAGAUCAUGCAGGCCGUCCCACCUGGGACGAUCUUCGCUAGAUAUGCGAGUGUCGAGCACGUCAAGCUUCUCCCGCCUGCUGCGUCGUCGGCGUCUGCGGAUGAAGGGACGCGUGCGUCGCCUCGUCGGCAGAUCCGCUGGACUAUGGCGACGACUUCUGAGGCUGCGGGGGGAUUCCGAAGUGGGUUCAAAGGAGUUGGAUGUUUGGGGGUGUGCCUAAGGCUGUUGUUGCUGAUGUGGGAUUGUUCAUUGGGUGGAGUAUGA